UCCUGACCUUUCGGGAGAUCUGGAACCGUAGUUUCUGCCGGCCCCUGGAGCAGCUGGUGGACGUCAUCACCGAGUUCCCCAACGAGGUGGAGUACAUUUUCAGACCCUCCUGCGUCUCCCUGCAGCGCUGUGGAGGCUGCUGUGGGGGUGAGGGUCUCCGCUGUGUCCCUGUGGAAACAAGCACGGUCACUAUGCAGCUCCUGAAGAUAAAGCCAAACGGGGAGGCUCCCUACGUGGAGAUGGCGUUCACUGAGCACAAGCAGUGCGAGUGCAGGCCCCGGCAGGACCUCAUGAGGUUGGGAAGGAGAAGGCCUAAGGGCCGAGGUAAGAGAAGACAAGACAAGACGAGACGUAAAGGCUGUGAACU